UUUUCAUACUUUCCUACAAUCUUCCCACCCUGUUCAUUAAUACCCUGCUCACACUCAUCAUUCUAAGCCUUUGAUUACCUCACAACAUCAUCGUUCCCCAAAACUAUAUCAAACACUUCAAUGGCAGCCAUGGCUACAACCUUCACUUCUUCACUCCCAAAACCAUCUUUCUUAGACAACAAUAAGUCCUGCUUCCAUGGCACGCCCAUCACUACCUCUCGCUUCACACCCAUCAAAUCCACCCCACAAAACUCCACCAUUUCUAUGUCCUUAACCCCACCAUACGACCUAAAAUCUUUCACUUUCCAACCCAUUAAAGAAUCCACUGUCUCUCGUGAAAUGACUCGCCGAUACAUGACAGACAUGAUCACUUACGCUGAUACUGAUGUUGUCAUAGUCGGUGCUGGCUCAGCUGGUCUCUCAUGCGCUUAUGAACUCAGCAAAAACCCUUCAAUCCGUAUAGCUAUUAUUGAACAAUCCGUUAGCCCUGGUGGUGGUGCAUGGCUUGGUGGCCAGCUCUUUUCAGCUAUGGUUGUACGUAAACCAGCUCAUCAUUUCCUUGACGAGCUUGAAAUCGAGUAUGAUGAGCAAGAAAACUACGUUGUUAUCAAGCACGCAGCUUUGUUCACAUCCACAAUCAUGAGCAAGCUAUUGGCUAGGCCUAACGUGAAGUUGUUCAACGCUGUGGCAGCUGAGGAUUUGAUAGUGAAGGAAGAGAGGGUCUCGGGUGUGGUGACCAACUGGGCUUUGGUUUCAAUGAACCAUGACACUCAGUCUUGCAUGGAUCCUAAUGUGAUGGAGGCUAAGGUUGUGGUGAGCUCGUGUGGGCAUGAUGGGCCAUUUGGAGCCACCGGAGUUAAGAGGCUGAAGAGUAUUGGAAUGAUUGAUAGUGUGCCUGGGAUGAAAGCCCUUGACAUGAACACUGCUGAGGAUGCCAUUGUCAGGCUUACUCGAGAGAUUGUGCCUGGUAUGAUUGUUACUGGGAUGGAGGUUGCAGAAAUUGAUGGUGCCCCAAGAAUGGGUCCAACAUUUGGGGCCAUGAUGAUAUCGGGUCAAAAGGCGGCACACUUGGCCUUGAAGGCGUUGGGACAGCCCAAUGCAAUCGAUGGGACAUACAGUGAAGCUGGGGGCGUACAACCAGAGCUUAUUCUUGCUGCUGCUGAGACUGGGGAGAUUGUUGUGGAUGCGUGAUGAUACGAGGCCUUUUGGAUUGUUAAAAUUUGGAAUAAAUAAAGGAAGUGUUGAUGAAAAUAGACCAUUUUGGUAGGGAUUACUAGAUAUUGGAUGUGGAUAUUUGUAUGUGAUGGGGAAAAUUCAUUUUGAUUUGUGUUAAAUUAAGUUCUAGUUUAGUAAGCAUAUAUACUAUAUAUAUUGGAAGGUGUAUUUUGAGAA